UAGAGUGCUCUUUUCCUGUCUGGCAAAAUCAUCGUAAACUCCGUUCCGCUAUGCUUACACGCAGACGGAGGCUUCCAUAUUAAAUGCAUGCUUUCCUCCGCCGCCACUCUCCACUCCUUGGUUUCAGUACUUCUUCUUCCUCAACUGCCUCGCUAGCUCACUCAAACUCCACAAUGAGCGCUUCAUCUCUGCUGCUUCCCACGGUUCCCAUCGGCAAGCGCAGUCGCAGCUCGCCGGGGUCCCUCCGGAGCUCGAGGAAUGGGGCCUGCCGGAGGUUCGGCCCCGUAGAUUUUGGCAAGUCUAGGGUUUCCAUGAGUGUCUCUGUUGGAUCUCAGCUCGCUGUUGAGGAUUCCCUGUUCAAGGAUUAUAAGCCCUCUCUUGCAUUUCUCUUCCCGGGCCAGGGUGCCCAAGCAGUGGGAAUGGGCACAGAGGCUCAGAAGGUACCGGCAGCUGCUGAAUUAUACAAAAGAGCAAAUGAAAUUUUGGGGUUUGACCUUUUGGGUAUUUGUAUAAAUGGACCAAAAGAGAAGCUAGAUUCUACUGUAAUAAGUCAGCCAGCUAUCUACGUCACAAGCCUAGCUGCUGUUGAGAUACUCCGGGCUCGUGAAGGAGGCCAGCAAAUAAUUGAUUCUGUUGAUGUCACAUGCGGUCUGAGCCUGGGAGAAUACACAGCUCUUGCAUUUGCAGGAUCUUUCAGCUUUGAGGAUGGUCUUAAGCUAGUAAAACUACGAGGAGAAGCCAUGCAGGAUGCAGCUGAUGCUGCACAAGGUGCAAUGGUUAGUAUCAUCGGGCUGGACUCUGAAAAGGUCCAACAACUAUGCGAUGCAGCCAAUGAAGAAGUUGAUGAAGCCGACAAAGUUCAGAUUGCGAAUUUCUUAUGCCCUGGAAAUUAUGCCGUCUCUGGAGGUGUGAAAGGAGUGGAAGCAGUAGAGGCAAAGGCAAAGUCAUUCAAAGCUCGAAUGGCGGUGCGCCUAGCUGUUGCCGGUGCUUUCCACACUGGUUUUAUGGAGCCAGCUGUGUCAAGACUGGAAGCCGUUUUGGCAGCAACAGAACUCAGAACUCCCAGAAUACCAGUUAUAUCAAACGUUGAUGCACAGCCACAUGCAGAUCCCGAGACAAUCAAGAAAAUAUUGGCACGCCAGGUGACUUCCCCGGUUCAAUGGGAGACAACAGUAAAGACACUCCUAACGAAAGGCCUGAACAAGAGCUAUGAGUUAGGACCUGGAAAGGUUAUUGCUGGCAUUGUGAAGAGGGUGAACAAGGGUGCCGAUAUUGAGAACAUUGCAGCCUAAGCCUACAUUGUUGUUGUUAGCUGAUAUCUUGCUUUGGUGCCAUGUCUCCAUUAUCUUAGUGAUCAAGGCAGGCAGAGAUCCUUUUUUUUUUUUUUAAUUGAGAGAGAGACUAGAGCUUCAUUUUGUUGUCCAUUAGUAGUUUGAAAACUCAAGUGAGACAUAUAUAUAUGAACAGAUACAUUUUCAUGUCAAUCUAAAUAAGGGUAAAAUAUAUUUGAAAGUGAAA